AUGUCCCUAGUGCCGUACUCCGACUCCGAGUCAGAUGCAGAACGCUCUGCAGCAUCUCCACCCGCCAAGAGACCACGUCGUGAAUGCUCGUCCCUAACCUCGACCUCGGCGACGAGCCAGUUACCGCCCUUGCCUCGGGCUUUUCAUGACUUGUAUGCCUCGAGCACGCGGGUCAGCGUGAAGGAUGAUCCGAGUCUCCAUGGGGGUCGCAAGCGUGUCAUUCCCCACAUGGAAGGCAACUGGCCCACCCAUGUCUAUCUGGAAUGGUACCCGGGGAAAUCCGAGCUCAGCUGGCUGGAAAGCCUUUUGAAACGAGCCAACGAAACCAGACCAUCAUCACAUGAGGCGGAGGAGGAGGAGGAGGAGGAGGAGGAUGGUGGUGAUGAUAGUCAUGAUGGUCAUUCAGCCGACGCUGUGCACCUCCACAGCCUUUUACACAGUGAUCUAGGCGCGCAGCUGCCAUUACACAUCAGCUUGUCACCCCCCGUUGUACUACGGACAGAGCAGCGCACAUCGUUCAUGGAGUGCCUAGCCACGUCAAUACAAGCCUCCCACGUUUCACUAUUCACUGUCGUCCCGGACACCCUCAAGUGGGUAUCCAAUCGCGAGCGCACACGCUGGUUCCUGGUCCUCCACGUUGCGCGACCGACUGGGAACGAGCUCAAUCGUCUCUUGAAUCGGUCGAAUCGGACGCUGGCGGGAUUCGAUCAGCCGCCACUGUAUGCAUCCUCGCGUGGCGCUCCUCGGAAUCGCGCACAGGCAUCGCAUGGUCGAGAUCCAAGACCCAGUGGGACCGCGCCUGUCGAGGACUACUCGGAUUGCUUUCACAUCUCGCUUGGCUGGAGCUUGAGGGAGCCUUCUCAAGCGGAGAAGGACCGCGUGGCGCGGUUGGGCUUGGGGGCGGUGCAGAACGUGGAGGUCAAAUUUGAUAGUGUCAAGGUGAAAAUAGGCAAUCAAGUGGAGAGCAUCAGGCUUUCGGCGGAGUGUUCGGGGCCUUCGUCAAGGUGA